AUGAAGCGCAUCGUUUCUUGCUUAUCAUUCAGCUUCUCUUCUCAGAUUCCUGUUGCAGCAGUGAGCUUCCAGGUCGGCUCCUCCUAUGCGGCUCUCGCCUUCGCCAUCCUCUGCCUGCUUCUGGGCGUCGCCUUUCUCUACGUCGUCUUGGUCAUGGACGCAGAGAGGUCCACGCAGCCCGGCCACACCUUCGUGGGUGUCGUUGCGGCGACCCAGCUCCUGACCCUGAUCCAGCAGCUCGUCGUCGUCAGUAGGCUUGGCAUUGAGUGGGAGGAGCCCCUGAGCGAGAUUCUCGCAUCCCUGUCGGUCUUUGGGUUGAACUUCGACGUGCUGUCGGUUUCCUGCGUCGCAUCUCUGAGCCCCGUUCCCGAGUAUGUUCUGACGGUUUCAGCUACACCCAUCCUGGCCUGUGUCGCCCUGGUGCUUCAUCUCUCAGCGAUUGCCUUGAAGCGGUAUCUGGGGCACGGCCUGAAGGUAAGAUUGGACAUGAGCCAGCUCCUGCGCACCGUGGGAUCCCUGGUCUCCAUCCUCUUCAUCAGCAUCUUCACGGCCUUGGUGACCCCCUUCCAGUGCAACUCCCAUCCCAACGGCCGGAUGACCAUCCAGGAGUAUGGCUCAGUCUACUGCAACUGGCAGGGGUUUCACCUGCAGAUGUGCAUGAUCGGUGCUGUGGCCUGCUUGAUGCCGCUCUGCUUCCUCACCGUUUGCAUCUGGGCGCUGCAAUCUUGCACCUACAUCAUCUGCUUCGAGCUCCCCAAGCGGCUGCGGCGAGCCGACGCCACCUACUUCCGGGCCUGCUCCUUCCUGUGGGUCCGCUUUCGGCCCGGCGCGGAGCGCUUUGCCAUCUUCAUCCUCUGCAGAAAUGCUCUUAUGGUGGUCUGCCCCUUGCUUCCCUCGCUCUUUGUCAAGCUCGUGGUGAUGAACAUCCUGCUCUACUCGAGCUUGAUCACGAUGACGUUGAGCCAACCUUGGCGAGUUGUGCUUUACAUGGCGCUUAUGUUUGUCGGCAACGAUGUGGACGCGACAGGCCUUGUCACAGCAACUGCAAUCGCGCUGGUCUUCAUAGCAAUGAUGGCGUUCGCAAUUGCCAUUACCAUGAUGUACGGACUGGUCCUAUACGUGGUCCGCCAGAACCGAAAGCCAUGGCGAUUCUUCAUCUCUCACCACAAGCGUGCUGCCGGCAGCUUUGCAAGGCUUCUGAAGAUACAGCUGCAACAGAGGGGCUCCGGCAACGUGUUCUUGGAUACGGACGACCUCCGGGAUCUUACGGAGCUCUUCGGCUUCGUGAGGGACACAGAGACCUUCGUGAUCUUGGCCAGCCCGGGAGUGCUGGGGCGCAAGUGGUGCGUCGGCGAGAUCGUGACCGCCAAGCUGCACGAUGUCCACAGCGUGAUGGUGAGGUGGCCGAACUUCACCGACCCCAAUGCAGCUACCUACGAGAAUCUCUCGUUUGCCAUUCCCGGCGUUGAGGCCCUGACGGCGCACAGCAUCUCCCUGGAGGACGUGGCCAAGGCCUUGCGCUGGAUGAGGACACUCGAGUCCAUCCCCUUCCCGCACUCCCUGGAUCUGCAGAGCAUUGGCAAGCUGUGCGACGCGUUGACCGGGACAGUUUCGUCACGCUCGGAAAGAACCAGUCGUCCAGACUGUGUUAUUCUAGUAGAUCCUGCGAAUCAAGAGGCAGUGGCAGCUGCCUACGUGCUGUUCGAGCUUCUGCGGAUGAACAAGUCAUUCCGAUUGUCGCCGCUUGUGCUGAAAGAAGGCGACGACAUACCGGAUGGCGCUUCCAAAGCGCUGCUGAUUUGCUCUACUGGCUGCUUUCAUUCAGGCGUCCUUGCGUCGUGGCUCAUCCGCAUCACAGCAAACAGCCCGACCAUCCUGCCCAUCAUUGCAGAGCCUGACUUCGCGGUGCCGACGGAGCCCAAGAGCGCUGUAGCUGCAGUCGCAGGUGCGUUCACGGACGCCGAGAUGGCAACAUACGCGGAGGCGGUGGGAGGCAUCUUCCAGGAGAUCGCGAGUGUUUUGGCGCCGCAGUCGUACUCCAGUACGCAGGAAGACCUGGAUCUACGCGUGAAGCAGAUCGCCUUCCGCCUGCAGUCUAAGGGCUCCCGUCUCCGGCUGACGGAGCUAAGGGACGACUCGCUGCGAGGAGAGGCUGGCGAGGUCACAGAUGCCACUGGUGACACUUGCUGGGCCUGGGCGGCCCUCUACGGCCUCAGGUUUGCGGUUGACGGAUUCUGGUCAGGACCGACUAAUCAGGAGUGCUCCACCUUCAACAAGAACGGUGUGGCGCCAGUGACCGACUCGGCGACUUGCCGCACCGCCUGCCAGACGGCCGAAGGGCUCAGGGAGAUUAACGGCCAGCUCCAGGACUGGAAGGGGAGCUCGGGCUCUGGAAAGUGUGAGUGCGUCACCGAUGCGAAUGGCAACCGGAGGACUGCGUGCCAGGACAGUGGCUACUCAGCAUGA